UACACUUCGGAAUGAAACACAGCCAUCGCCUGGAAACAAUCCUCUGGUGGGGAAGUAAAAGCGUUUCAUUUUGUGGAAGUGUUGAAAAAGUUAAAAUACAACGUUUUUAUAUCAAGUAAAGUUUCUUAAAAGCAGAAACUGGGAUAUUAAUGUAACACAACAUGGCCGGGUGACUAAAGGGGUAGCUCAGCGGUUAAGGCAUUGGACUACGGUUUGGAAGAUCCCAGGUUCAAACCCCACAACCACCAAGUUGCCACUGUUGGGCCCUUGAGCAAGGCCCUUAACCCUCAACUGCUCAGAUGUGUAAUCAGAUAAAAAAAAAAAAAUGUAAGUCGCUCUGGAUAAGAGCAUCUGCCAAAUGCCUAAAUGUAAAUGUAAAUAUCAACUUGACAUUAGGACAUGUACAGAUAUAUAUUUGACUAUAUUAAGACAUGCAGUGCUGUGGAAAAGUAUUUAAUCCCCUUCCUGAGAUUUUAUUUUUUGCAUAUAUGUCCCACUUAAAUUAUGAAGAUCGUAAAAUAAAUUUGAAUAUUACACAAAGAUAAUUCAAAGUAAAUUCAAAAUACAGUUUUAAUAAUUCUAUUUAUUAAGAGAAAAAGCUCUCCAAAUCUUCCUGGCCCGAUAUGAAAAAGUAAUUGCCGCCUUGCUAAAUCACAAGUGAACUGUGAUUUUUGGAAAGCUAAGUUAAAUUUAUCUUGCCACACCCAGGCCUGAUUACUGCCAGAAACAAUAAAUCACAGAAAUAAAACCUGUCUGGCACAGUGAAGCAUGCUAACAGUGACACAACCAACUAUUGGGUUUGGGGAGCAGUUACUUUUUCACCUAGGGCCUCGACUAUCUUAUCUCCAGCCUUGAUAACACCUUCUGGGUGUCCAAGAGCAUGACAUGAUUCAUUGUGUUUUUGUCAAUUCAGUAGAGUUUAGCCACAUUUUAGAAGACUCACAAUAUAAGACUAUUUUCUUUUGCUCCUACAAUUUUUUUAUUGUCUCUUUUAUUAGGAUUUGCUGAUUUGCUGAUGUUAUAUUCUUGCUGGUUUAUUCUAUCUAUUACUACUUUCUGGUGCACCUUAUGUACAGUUUCGCUCCCACCUGUACAAUCAUCAUGCAUGCAAGUAUGUAGAAGAGAUAUUUAACUUUUUCUUUUUUCUCACUGCAGUUCUUGCUUGCUGCUUAUUUGUUGUAUAAAAUGUUAACUGGCUGCUGUAAAGAUAAAGUUUGCUUUUGGGAUUAAUAAAGUACUACUGUAGCUAGGUAGCUGUCUGUCUAUCUAUUUAAUUAAAAAGAAAAAUAAUAAUGUUUAGUGUGCAACUAAGGGAAUAUCUGUCUAUAGAAUUAUGUUUGGUGUGCAAGUAAGAUUUUCUAUUCAUUUAUUUUUAUUUAUUACUCUUUUCCUUUCCUCCUAUAAAUAACUGUAAGCAACUGUAACCAAGUAUAAGCAAUUUCCCUCUGGGAUUAAUAACGUUGUUUGAAUCUUGAAUCUUUUAUUUAAUUUCAACGUUCAGUCCUGGGGUCCAGGCUGAUUAUUCUUUUUUAUUAUUAUUUUUUUUAAACCAAAGAAUGACCGUCGUUCUUUAGGUCAAAGAUGUAAAAAUUAUUGUGUGGAACUUUACAUUUGUUUUUGUGUUUUCUAGGAGUGUAAUCCACUGAGAUCAGACUUUUCAGGAUCUCAAUUGCUAGUUCGUGGAUACUAAUAUUGAAAGAUGGAGACUAAUGAUCUGGACACUGAUAAUGUGUCCCCACUCUCUAAAAAACAGUUACCUAAUAUAUCCUGUAAACUCCAGGGAGAGAGAUCAGAAUCAGCAGCACCCAGCUGUAUCUCCAUGAAGAGUGAUUGGUCUAUGGAUCGUCCUUAUAAUUUUAAAGCUAAAGACUCCUCACCUCUAAACAGUGAUCUACAGAAGGCAGGAGACAGAAUAGCAAAGACCAUCAUCACAGAUAUAGGGCACGACCCAGAAUCUGCAGCUGUAAAUGAAUUCCAGAAAAAGUUUAAAUUAAAUCUGAUGAAGCAGUUUCAGUUCUUGAAUGGAGUGAUAAUAAACCUGGGAACCCAAACACUCCUGAAUGAGAUCUACACAGAGCUCUACAUCACAGAGGGAGACAGUGGAGACAUCAAUAAUGAACAUGAGGUGGGACAGAUUGAAGCAGCAUCCAGGAGAAUAACAACAGAGGAAACACCAAUCAAAUGCAAUGACAUCUUUAAGACCUUGUCUGAACAAGACAAACCCAUCAGAACUGUGCUGACAAAGGGAGUCGCUGGCACCGGAAAAACAGUCUCUGUGCAGAAGUUCAUUGUGGACUGGGCUGAAGGGAAAGCAAGUCAGGACGUCCACCUCAUAUUUCCACUUCCUUUCAGAGAGCUGAAUUUGAUGAAGGACCAGAAACUGAGUCUGAUGGAGCUCCUUCAUGUCUUUUUUAAAGAAACUAAAGAAACGGAAAUGGUUAGUUUGGAAAAAGUUCUGUUCAUUUUUGAUGGAUUGGACGAGGGGCGUUUUUCUCUAGAUUUCCAGAACACAGUGAGAGUGUGUGAUGUAACUGAAUCUGCAUCAGUGCCUGUGCUGCUGAUAAACCUGAUCAAAGGGAAUCUGCUUCCCUCUGCUCUCAUCUGGAUCACCUCCCGACCUCCAGCAGCUAAUCAAAUUCCCUCUGAGUGUGUCCAUCGAGUCACAGAAUUACGAGGGUUCAAUGACCCACAGAAGGAGGAGUACUUCAGGAAGACGAUCAGAGAUCAGAGCCUGGCCACUGUCAUCACACACCUGAAGUCAUCAAGAAGCCUCUACACCAUGUGUCACAUCCCAGUCUUUUGCUGGAUUUCAGCCACUGUUCUAGAGAGAAUGUUGGAUAAAGCAGGGAGGAGAAAGAUCCCUAAGACUCUGACUCAAAUGUACACACACUUCCUCAUCAUUCAGAUAAACAUCAUAAGAGAAAAAUACUCAAAGAAGCAGGAGAGUGAUGAUGAAAUGCUUCUUAAACUGGGACAACUGGCUUUUGAGCAGCUGGAGAAAGGCAACCUGAUCUUCUAUGAGGAAGACCUGAGAGAGUGUGGCAUUGAUGUGAGAGAAGCAGCACUGUACUCAGGUGUGUGUACACAGAUCUUCAGAGAGGAGAUUGGGCUUCACCAGAGUAAAGUGUACUGCUUUGUUCAUCUGAGCAUUCAGGAACACCUCGCAGCUCUGUAUGUGCACCUGAUGUUCAGGAAAGACAAUGAAAAUGUUCUCAAAAAGAGUCGAGCUUCAAAACAGAAGAAGCAAGAAAUUGAAGUUUUAGAUUUCCUCAAGUGUGCUGUAGAUGAAGCUUUAAAAAGUCAGACUGGACAUCUGGAUCUUUUCCUUCGCUUUCUUCUGGGUCUCUCACUGAAGUCCAAUCAGAAACUUUUACAGGUCUUAGUAACACAGACAGGAAGUAGCUCCCAGAGCACAAAGAAAACAGUCCAGUACAUUAAGGGAAGGAUCAGUAAAGAGCUUUCUACAGAAAAAUCCAUCAAUCUGUUCCACUGUCUGAAUGAACUGGGUGAUAAUUCUCUAGAGGAGGAAAUCCAACGUUAUCUGAAAUCUGGCAAACAGAGAAAACUCUCUUCAUCACAGUUGUCUGCUCUGGUGUUUGUGUUACUGACAUCAGCACAGGAGCUGGAAGAAUUUGACCUGAAUAAAUAUUUCAAUCCAGAUAAGAUAACAGAAACUGUUCUUCUAAAGCUGAUGCCUGUGAUUGCAUCAUCCAGAAAAGCAAUUAUCAGGUGUGAUAAAGUUGGAGUAAACAGUUGUUCAGCUCUGGUCUCAGCACUCAACUCAGAAACCUCCAAUCUGAGAGAACUGCAUCUGACUGUGAAAACACUGGAUCUGUCCUACAGUAAACUAGGAGACUCAGGAGUAAAGACUCUCUCUGCUGUACUGGAGAAUCCUCACAGUAAAGUGGAAAGUCUGAGGUUGAAGUGGUGUGGUGUCUCAGAUGAAGGCUGUGCUGCUCUGACUUCAGCUCUGAGAUUAAACCCCUCACACCUGAGAGAACUGGAUCUGUCUAAUAAUGAAAUAGGAGACUCAGGAGUGAAGUGUCUCUGUGCUGUACUGGAAAAUCCUCACUGCAAACUGGGGACACUGAGAGGUUGCGUGUUUGUGGUGUCUCAGAUGAAGGCUGUGCUGCUCUAACUUCAGCUCUGAGA